AUGGCUGGCGAGCACGGCCUUAAAUCGUCUCGUACCCUAGACACAAUCCACGAAAAACGUGCAGUGUGGGAAUUGUGGUUGGGAAUUGUGGUUGGGAAUUCUGGUUGGGAAUUCUGGUUGGGAAUUCUGGUUGGGGUACGAGACGAUUUAAGGCCGUGCUCGCCAGCCAUCACUUCAUUAGUUUCGCAGGUCACAGCGAUCGAAAUGGGAGCCACGUUUGUGCUAGUACUUACUGUACUGUGCUUUUUCGAGUUGUCGUUUCACGCUGCUUCUGGUCAAAUGAAAAUUUCAGAAGAUGGGAGCGGUAGCACAUUCAUCACUUUUCCGAGAAGCGCUAACGUUUGCUUUAGGUCUGAAGGAGUAGAUGUAAACGAGACAAUACUUGGCCUGGAAACUGUUGUGAACGCUCUAGCAGAUUGCAGUAAGCAAGGAAAGGGAUACGACAGAGUAGCCAAGAAAUGUACGUCUUCACCUGCCGUGCAGUCCUCCUCCAUCGUUGCCAAUCCGUCGCAACACGGCGAUAGACCGUACCGUGUUAGUCUGUUAGACUGCUAUUGGAAUGGAUCAAGAUUCCGGUCAUGCUCUCCUUCACCCUACCCCCACGCUUACGGCGGAGUCGCAAACUUCCAGACAUCUACAGCCUGGGCGUCAGGCACUGCUCUCACUUUAGCAUUCCAGUCGCAAUACUUCGCACCACCAAUGUGUAGCGUGACGUUUGAAAAUUUGGCCGCAUUUCCUCUAGUCAACACGAGAAAAAACGACUUGCUCAUUCAUCUACGAGACACAAAUGGAAACGGGAAGAGCUGGUCAUCUGUCAGUACCUGGACGUAUGUUAUCUGCCAUGGCCCCAUGUGACAGCUAGACGACAGCACGUCGUCGUUUUCAGAAAUUUUUUUGUUGUUUGUACUUCUGCACGCAUGCAUAUAGCUACGUAGAUCUAGAGUCUGACUUGCAACGCUCUAGCCUAGCUAGUGAGCUGUGAUGUAGAGACUUAAAUAUGUCUC